AUGAAUGUUUUCAGGGAUCAAAGCAAUGAGAAUUUGGAGAACAAUGUGACACGGUUAUUGGAUAAAUUGAUAGCAAGUCAUGAUAGAAGGAUUCGGCCCAAUUAUGGAGGACCUCCAAUUGAAGUGAAUAUCACUGCACACGUGACAACAAUCAGUGCAGUUUCAGAAGUUUCUAUGGAUUACACAUUGGAUUUAUAUCUUCGUCAAAUCUGGAAAGAUCCUCGGUUAGCAUGGGAAUCAGAUGUUGAAGAUUCACUCACAAUCGGAAUUGAUAUGGUCAAGACUAUCUGGACUCCUGAUACAUUUUUCCCGAAUGAGAAGAAGUCAUUCUUCCAUGAAGCGACGUCUCACAACUCGUUUCUUCGAAUUGACAGUCAUGGAAAUGUAUUGAGAAGUAUUCGAUUAACAGUCACUGCAAACUGUCCAAUGAGUCUGCAUACUUUCCCAUUGGAUCGUCAAGAAUGUGCACUCGAGGUCGAGAGUUAUGGAUACUCAACGAAGGAUAUCAUUUAUCAUUGGCAUGGAACAAAUGCAGUUACAAUUGAUGAAAAUGUUCAUUUAGCGCAUUUUACAAUCGGAGAACAUUAUCAUAUCGAGAGGACAAUUAGUCUUUCGACUGGAAAUUAUUCAAGAUUGACUGCUUAUUUCAUGUUCAAACGAAAUAUUGGUUUCUAUUUGAUUCAGAUCUACUUCCCUUCAUCUCUGAUUGUUGUCAUUUCUUGGGUAUCAUUCUGGUUAAAUCGAGAAGCCGUCCAAGCAAGAGUUGCAAUCGGAGUAACAACUGUGUUAACAAUGACAACUCUCAUGACAAGUACAAAUGCAUCUCUUCCAAAAGUGUCAUAUGUCAAGUCAUUGGAUGUGUUCCUCGGAGUUUGCUUUUUCAUUGUGUUUGCAUCUCUUCUGGAAUACGCUGCGAUCGGAUAUUUGAUGAAAAGAAAUCGAAGUGUUCCUGCUGCUUCACCGGUUCAAUAUUAUGAAACAGAAGAGUUUUUCGAAGUUCAAUGUCAUCCGAAAUAUGUAAAAGGGGCUGUUAACUAUUGUGAUGGCGUGCUGAAAAGAGAAGCAAGUCGAAAGAAAAGCAGAAAUCGUCGAGAUAGUUCCAUGAAGAAUUACCAGAACAAUAACAUUCAUCAUCGUCCAUCAGAUGGUCAUGUCGAUCAAAGGAUUCCACUUCUUUCAAUGGUUCCGAUGCCUCCGAUUCCAUUCAAACCUCAGAAUGGAGCAUGGGGAAAAGUGAGACCGGCUCAGGUCGACCUCUUCUCUCGUUUUGCUUUUCCAAUAUUUUUUGUAAUAUUCCAUAUCAUCUACUGGACAUAUUACAUCAAUCAAUGA